CAACAUUUAAAAAGAUCAUAUAGUACUAGAGACAUGUUCUUAAAACAAACCUCCACCAAUUUUGAACAACCGCAUCACUAUUGCUUCGCUUUUUUUCAUUCAAAUAAUAGGAUAUCACUUAUAUGAUCCGUGAUUAUUGCAGCAUUAUUUGAUUCAUUCAAAUAGCAGGAUAUCACGUAUCAGAAUAAAUGGAAAUAAUAUUCAAAAUAUAUGAGAUUAAUUGGAGCCAUCUUUUCUUUCUUUUUGCGUCCUAGAUUUUGAAAGCUCAAAAGUAUAAAUAAGAGGAAUUCACAACAAACAAGUAUAGAAGUUAGCAGUGUUGAACAACAUUCUGGCAUUGAAGAGAAUGGAGCGCGAUUGGGCAAAUUUAGAAGCGCUUGCACUCGGAUUGAUUUUAGAUAAAUUGGAAAGGGUUGAUCAAAUCUGGUUUGGUGCUGUGUGCAAGAAUUGGCUAUCAGUUGCAAAGCUUAACCAUCAAAAUCAAGAGUUGAGAAAUAAUGUAUUACCCAUGCUUAUGAUCCCAAAAACAAACCUAUCUUUGUAUGGCAUUUCAUCCAACAUAACGUAUGAAUUUCAAUUUCCAAUUCCUUCUUAUGAUAACUGUUGUGGAUGUAGCCAUGGAUGGAUUACAACAAUCCAUACAAAAUACCAUGCAUACUCUGAUAUGGAUAUAGUCAUAACUAUGUUUAAUCCUUUUAAGACUGUUUCUCCUAUUACUCUUCCACCUCUCAGAACAUGUAUUGAUUAUUAUGACGCACUAUUGCCCAAGGUUACUCUUUCUGCUGACCCUAUAACAAGCCCAAAUGAUUACGUAGUUGCAGUAAUCUAUACAAAGUGGAGUCGUCUUUCAAUUUUAAAAUCGGGGCAAACCAGUUGGACUUGUAUCGGCUAUUGCGAUUUUACGGAUGUCAUAGUUUUGGGAGAUUUCUUAUAUGUUUUGACUCAAAAAAAAAGUCUAUUAUCCUUCAAUCUUAGUUACUUAGAUGACCCCGAUCGCGCAAAGACGAUAAGUCCAAGUCCAGCUCCUGGUAUUCGGUUUCAUGAAGAUUUGAAAUGUUAUCUUGUCAAGUCAUUAGAGGGAGAUUUAUGGCUGGUGAGAAAGUUUUUGAGUGACUCCGAUCAUAAUGGAUUGAUAAAAUUUGAAGUGUACAGGUUUGAAUUCGAAUUUCAAAGGAGAAAGGUUCAAAGGAGAAAGGUUAAGCAAAUGGUGAAACUUGAAAGUCUCGGAGACAAUGUUUUAUUCGUAGGAGAAUGCGAUUCGAUUUCUGCAUCAGCUUCUCAUUUCUCUGGUAGUUUGAAACAAGAUUCUAUCUAUUAUAUUAACAAGGUUAAACAUUAUACGCCAUUUCAUGAGUACUGUGAACCAUUCAAUGUGGAAAUAUAUAAUGUAAAAGAUGGAAGCAUUUGUCAUCAGGAUCCAGAAUAUUCUUUUGUCAAACAUAUGCCUACUCCUUUCUGGGUUUUGAUGCCUCUUCAAUGAGAAUAGUAGGUUUAACAUUUUCUGGUAUUUUAUUCAAUGACAUAGUUUUCCAUGUUUCUUCAUUGUUGUAAUUAUAUUGAUAUUUAAAACU